GAGAGGGGAGUGGUGCAGGAGUGGAGGCUACAGUAGAGGAGCAGAGAGGAGGAGGCAGAGGGGAGACAGAUAGACAAAGUGCAGGACACACAGACAAAGAGCAGAGAGGAGAAUGCACCCGUCUGACAGGUGUGUCUGUGUGAGAGUAAAACCUGCUGGAGCCAGAGCCAGGAGCUCAGUACCUGAAAGGAGAGAAAGAGAGACAGCACUUGGCUUCACGUGGUAAACUCUUGGAAAGAUAAGCGCAUGACUCUUGUGCCCUACCUACAAGCAUAUCUACUGAAAAGGAGACCGCAUAUCUGUCCCUCCUCUGUGGAGGUCUCUGUACAAUGCUCACACCACCCAGUGGGGUCCAGCAAGUGAUUCAAACUUCUACCCACUCUCUCAAGAGGCUGUGAGGCACCUGAAUCCUCUUCUCCUGAACCAUCUCAAGUCAACCACUCAGGCUACAGGACACGAUGGAGUCUCCACUUCUUGCUUAUCCACAAAGCGGUGGCGAGCAGAGAGAAAGGACAAGGCUCUGCUCUAGCUCUGGUGGAGGCCGCCGGAAAAGGGAGUUUAUUUUAGAUGAAAAGAAAGACAACAGCUACUGGGAGAAAAGAAGGAAAAACAAUGAGGCUGCCAAAAGGUCCCGUGAGAAGAGACGCUUCCAAGACCUAGUACUGGAGGGAAAGGUACAGGCCCUGGAUGAGGAGAAUGGAAGGCUCCGAAGUGAGCUGCUUCAGCUCAAAUUACGCUUUGGCCUUAUUUCUGCAACCUCCUUUUUGGAGACAGGGCAAGGACUUGGGGGCCGUGCAAGUUCUGACAAUGGGACUUUGCCGUGUAGGGGUGGGAAUGGAGCCUACUCCACCGCAUACCUGGGCAUGAACUCUGAUUCCUCUGAAGCAGACAGUGGAGGGGGUGCAGCAAUCGAUGGUUACUCUCCCCGUGGUUCCUUCUCUGACCUCUCAGAUCAUUCCUCAAGGGACAGUCCAGGACCGAGCACCUAUGGUGAUGAAAGGUCCACAGACACUGAGUUUGCCCACCUGUGCCCUUCAGAGAACCCCAGUGCAGCAAUACUAGCAACACAACGAGGUGGGGUGAUUCUCUACAGGGUCGGAGGUCUCAAUGUGGAUCCCCAGCAAAGACAAGAUUCUGGACUUCCAAGCUUUGCCACUCUAACCUCCAAGGAGCAUAAAUGCAGCCCCCCACAAAUACGUCCCUCUAUAUUUGCACACACAGACCCUAUACCUUCUCAUCUGCAGCAUCUGGUGAAGGCAGGAGAAGAUGGCAUCACAGAGGGACUGGAUUCUCCUAAGUCUGUUGCAUAUGAAUAUCAGAGUGAGGAGAGUGGCAGUGAGGAGGGAGUCAUUGGCUAUUGCCCCCCAGAAUGCCCACCUCAUCACGAUUCUUUCCCUGGAGUCAAACUGCCUCACAAGCUGAGACUUAAGUGCAGGCCUCAUGGACAAGAGACUUAGGGGGCCGGAAGCUUUGGCUGUAGAUAAGGACAUGAUGCCAAACAUACAAGCCAAAGAGACAGUGAGAGCUGAGCACGCUGGAUUCCGUGCUGACACAUGAACUCAAGAGACAUAACCCAUCACUGUGACUAUGUGACAUGCCAGUUAGUAUCAUGUGCUGGGUAAGGGGCAGAGGAGGAAGAAAAGGGAGAGCAGAAUUGUUACUGUAAAUUACUCAUGUAAAUAGUAAAAUAAAAUCUCAUGGUUA